AUGAUUAGGACAGUUAAACCAAAAAAUGCUAGAGCCAAGAGAGCACUGAAAGAGAGAGAGCCUAAGUUGGUGGAAAAUGUCAAACAGGCGAUUUUCAUUCCAGGUCAGACAUCUAACAAGGCUUUGCAUGAUAUUAUGGUAGAUCUAAGUGCAAUGAAGAAGCCAGACAUCAAAAGAUUUGAGAGAAAGAACAACGUUCAUCCAUUUGAGGAUGCAUCUCCGCUGGAAUUUUUUAGCGAAAAGAACGAUUGUUCGCUGAUGGUUUUGUCUACCAGUUCGAAAAAACGUAAGAAUAACUUAACAUUCAUCCGUACGUUUGGUUACAGAAUAUAUGACAUUAUCGAGUUGCUCGUUGUUGAAAACUUCAAGCUUUUGUCAGAUUUCAAAAAAAAAACUUUCGCCCUUGGUGUCAAACCCAUGUUUUCAUUUCAAGGUAGUGCAUUUGAUACUCAUCCAGUUUACAAGCAUGUCAAGUCGCUUUUCCUAGAUUUUUUCAGAGGAAGUGUAACAGAUCUUCAAGAUGUUGCAGGACUCCAAUAUGUACUGUCCUUAACUGUGCAAGGUGAUUUUCAAGAUGGUGAGCCAUUACCAAACGUUUUAUUCAGAGUUUACAAAUUAAAGACUUACAGAAGUGAACAGGGUGGUCGUAAAUUGCCAAGAGUCGAAUUGGAAGAGACGGGCCCUCGUUUGGAUUUCAAAAUUGGCAGAAUUCAGUCAGCUUCUCCAGAAAUGGAGAAAGAAGCAUUGAAGAAGGCUAAAAAUCUGGAAUUCAAGACUGCAAAGAAUGUUGAGGUGGAUUCCAUGGGUGAUAAAUUCGGUACAAUUCACAUGGGUAAGCAGGAAUUGAAUAAACUACAAACAAGAAAACUAAAAGGUCUAAAAUCAAAAUUCGACCAAAUUACAGAUGAUGGUGCUGAAAUGGAAGAAUACAUGAAUGAUGAGGAGGAGGACAUAAAUCAAACUGGCGAGGAUGCAGCAGACGAUACCUAUGGUGAAGACUUUGUCACCGCUACUGACAUAGAAGUUGCAGAACCUCCUUCCAAGAGACAAAAAAAAUAG